AUGACACCCGUACAUUUCAGCUUUAGUUCAGCAUUUAUUUUAGGUUUAAUAGGACUAGCAUUUCACCGAACCCACCUACUCUCCGCACUCCUAUGCCUAGAAGGAAUAAUAUUAUCCCUAUUUAUCGCACUAGCCCUAUGAACGCUGCAAUUCGAAUCAACAGCAUUCUCAACAGCUCCUAUAUUACUACUAGCCUUCUCUGCCUGUGAAGCAAGCACUGGCCUAGCACUACUAGUUGCUACUGCCCGCACUCAUGGAACUGACCGACUACAAAACCUUAACCUCCUACAAUGCUAA